AUGGUUUUACAUGUAAAAUAUGUCUAUGAAAUUCUUCAUCAAGCACGUGCUAUACUUAAAAAUUUACCAAAUUUUAAUGGUAUUAAUUUGUCUAUUUUACAUCAUAUAUACAUAAUUGGUGAUCUUCAUGGACAAUUGGCUGAUUUAUUGCAUAUAUUUAAUGCGAAUGGAUUACCUGCAAUUGACAAUCCAUAUAUAUUCAAUGGAGAUUUUGUUGAUCGAGGUUCAAAUUCAGUUGAAGUUAUUCUUCUACUUAUGGUUGCAUUGAUUGUUAAUCCAACUUCAGUCUUUCUUAAUCGAGGUAAUCAUGAAGAUAUAAUGGUUACAAGUCACUAUGGUUUUCAAAAAGAAGUUUAUAAAAAAUAUCCGACAUAUAAAACACCAGUACUUGAUCUAUUUAAAGAUAUAUUUAGUUGGCUACCAAUUUAUUCAUAUGUUGAUGCAGGAAAAUCUAAACUUUUUAUAGUACAUGGAGGAAUAUCUGACCGUAUUGAUAUUAACAAAAUCAAUACUCUUACAAGAAAUCAGUAUGUUUCAAUGGAAGUACCACCGAGAUCUAAAAGUGGUGGUAAACGAUUGACUGCUGAUGAAGAUAAUGAAUAUCGUCAAAUGCAAGAUUUACUUUGGAGUGAUCCAGAUCCUCACCAUCGUAGAGGUUGUCGAGCAAAUGAUGAAAGACACAUAGGUUGUUUUUUUGGUGCCGAUAUUACAGAACAAUUCCUUAAUAAAUAUAACCUCUCCAUGAUUAUACGUUCACAUCAAGUUAAAAAAGAUGGCUAUGAAUUUAGACAUAAUCGCAGAGUUUUAACUGUUUUUAGUGCAUCAAAUUAUUGUGAUGAUACCAAUUGGGGUGCAAUUAUACGAUGGGAUUAUAAUGAACAAGAGCCAUGGUUAAUUUCGUAUAAAACUGAAUCUGUUGAAAUGGAAAAAUUAAGUUUUUAUAAAAAAGUAACACUAUUUGAAGAUCCAGCUUAUCAAUCAUUAUUAGAAAAAAUUAUGGCAAAUAAAAGUUUACUUCAAAAAGAAUUUGAAAAAGCAGAUAGAAAUCAAACUAAUCAUUUAUCUUUGAUAGUUUGGUCUGAAAUAAUGACGAAGGUACUUCAAAUUGAUUUACCUUGGCUUACAUUACGUUCAAAACUUGUACAAGAAGAUACACAAGGAGUUCUUUAUAAUUCUAUGUUUGAUGGAUUAACUUUAGAUAACACUAAAUUUCAAAUGUCUAAUGCUGGUAUUAUGGAAGAUUUAUAUACGCAGAAAGACAUGCUUAUAUUAUUAUUUAAUUUAAUAGACUUCAAUCAUUCAGGUUUUAUAAGUCGUAAUGAAUUUUCUGAUGUUGUUAGACUUUUACUUUAUAAUGAAAAUGGUAGUGACCAUGUAAAUGAAGCAGAUAUUGAAGAACUUAGUUCUGCUAUGGAUUUGGAUAGAAAUGGCAAAAUUGAUAUUAAUGAGUUUCUGGAGAGUUUUCGUAUUGUUAACAUGAAGAAUUCAGGAAAACCAAAACGUCAAACAAAUCUAACCAGACCAUUAAGAAAUAUAUUUUAA